CACCGAAUUCCCGGGAAGGAGUGCGGGGGUCUGCGGCGCCGCCCGGGGGUUGUCACGUGGCCGAGACGAGGUGGAGCUCCGCUUCAAGGGCGGCUCUUCCCCUCCCCACCAACCUUUAGGCUUUGAGCCGGAGAAACACCCGCGAGCUUUCCUUCCCGCUCCGCUCCCUUCCACGACCGCCCUUCCCGCUUUAAUCAUCGGGCUAAAAGACGGAUCCGGCAGAGAGGGUUGUUCAGUUCAAGGGAAUGAAGAAUUCAGAAUAAUUUUGAGAAAUGGAUUCCAAUAUGGAGAAUAAAAAUAAGUUGAGUCUUUGAUCUGCUUUGAGGAAACAUAUUGUCCAUUUGUCUAAAGUCAUCUGUAAUAGCCAAACGAGUCAAAAUGAAUUCAACGUUAUUUUCCCAGGUAGAAAAUCAUUCAAUCUAUUAUAAUUUUUCAGAGAAGAAUUCCCAGUUUUUGGCUUUCGAAAAUGACGAUUGUCAUCUGCCCUUGGCCAUGAUAUUCACGUUAGCUCUUGCCUAUGGAGCUGUGAUCAUUCUUGGGGUCUCUGGAAACCUGGCCUUGAUCAUCAUCAUCUUGAAACAAAAGGAGUUGAGAAAUGUCACCAACAUCCUGAUUGUGAACCUUUCCUUCUCAGACUUGCUUGUUGCUAUCAUGUGUCUCCCCUUCACGUUUGUCUACACGUUGAUGGACCACUGGGUUUUUGGUGAGGCAAUGUGCAAGUUGAACCCUUUCGUACAGUGUGUUUCCAUCACUGUGUCUAUCUUCUCUCUGGUCCUCAUUGCCGUGGAACGGCAUCAGCUGAUCAUCAAUCCACGGGGCUGGAGACCAAGUAAUAGACAUGCUUACGUAGGCAUUGCUGUCAUCUGGGUCCUUGCUGUGGCUUCUUCUCUGCCCUUCCUGAUCUACCAAGUAUUGACGGAUGAACCGUUCCAGAAUGUGACCCUUGAUGCGUUCAAGGACAAGUACGUCUGCUUUGAUAAAUUUCCAUCAGACUCUCACCGGUUGUCUUACACCACUCUUCUCUUGGUGCUGCAGUAUUUUGGCCCACUCUGUUUUAUAUUUAUUUGCUACUUCAAGAUAUAUAUACGCUUAAAAAGAAGAAACAACAUGAUGGACAAGAUGAGAGACAGUAAGUACAGGUCCAGCGAAACCAAAAGAAUCAACGUCAUGCUGCUGUCCAUCGUGGUGGCGUUUGCGGUCUGCUGGCUGCCGCUCACCAUCUUCAACACUGUGUUCGACUGGAAUCAUCAGAUCAUUGCUACGUGCAACCAUAAUCUGUUAUUCCUGCUCUGCCACCUCACAGCCAUGAUCUCCACCUGUGUCAACCCCAUAUUUUAUGGCUUCCUGAACAAAAACUUCCAGAGAGACCUGCAGUUCUUCUUUAACUUUUGUGAUUUCCGGUCUCAGGAUGACGACUACGAGACCAUCGCCAUGUCCACCAUUCACACGGAUGUUUCUAAGACGUCUCUGAAGCAACCAAGCCCAGUCAUGCUUAAAAAGAUCCACAGUGAUGAUAAUGAAACAAUCUGAACCUGCCGUAGCAUUUGGUCCCAGGUGACAUCUGCUUAAAACCAAGCACAACCUGCAAAGACUUUAAUUCCCUGUUCUCCCAAGGAAUAGGGUUGAAAUCAUUGAAGAAAGAUCAAGAUUUUCUUGUCUUGCUUUUUACUGCUUUUGUAGUAGCUGUCAUAAUUAUAUUUGCAACAAAACGUGUGGGCUUUGGAAUCUUCUGGUGAUGGUUUUGACCAGAUAUCUUUGAAGUGCUUUUUUGUAAACUUAUGCAUAGAAUAGAAAGGCUUUUAUAUUGUAUUUAUUAGAAGGAAAUUUCUUUAAAGUAUUACUGUUCACUGACUUCAGAAGCACUACACCUGAUGCUCUCGCUUGAUUGGGCCAUCCUUGUUCGAUGAGAUCGUCAGUAGAUUGGGCAGUCCUGUGUAAGGCUAGGUGUCAAGCUUCAGCCUGUUACAGAGGUGAUGGCAUGCAAAAGCAGCAUUCAGGGUGUGAGCUAAAAGAGAGUCUGUGUCCUCUAUGCCUAGUCUGAAGUCAUUCAAAAGUGAUUUGCAUUUUUUUGAAAGUUUAAGACAGGAUUUCAUUUGCUCCUAAUUGAUUAUCACGUAAGAUAAAAAAUACAUUUAAAAAUACUUCUCAGCUGUGAAUAUCUUGGGGAAUUGGGCCACCCACAAGGAUUAAGUGGGACAGCAGUUCCCUAACUUUAAAACUAUUUUGGUACCUGACAACCAAAUGAUUUCGGAGCAGUUCGUUUAACAAGUAAGUUAGUAUUGCUGCAUAUGGUUGGAUUAUAUUUAUUUGAAUUGAAGGUCAAGAGGCUUUCCAUUCUUCACAGACUGUUCAGUGUUUGUCAAGCUUCCUAGCAUAAAUACACACGUAAUUCAGAGGCAUUUAUUUCCAGCUUACAAUAUAUAUAACCACAAAGUGUAUUUUCUAUACAUCAGUGCCUAUAUACUAACUCAUUUUUAACUUUCAAUGUCCAUCUUUCAAAGGACACCAAGGUACAGUGUUGAAAGAAUGUCCACCCUGGGUAGCAGGGGUAAAUACAGGAAAACUGAGGACACCUCACGUAGCUCAUCUUAACUUGUGUGAACUGUGUGCCUGUGGAAUCUUACCAAUCAUGCACUAUGUACUGAGGGGUUGUGUCAUGUUAAUAUACUUCAUUUCAUGUACCCUGUAAUCAUGAUUGAGCCUCAGAAUCAUUGGGAGGGAAGAUAUUUUAAAGAACAAGACAUAUCUUUGAUGUAUUAUACAGACAUAGUAUUAAAUGUGUUUGAUUUUAGAAGGGCAGACAUUUUCUUUAUUAAAAUUGUUUCUGCUUUU